AGGGACGAUAGAUUGUCCCCAUAGGGUUAUGAUCUUAGCAUCCUUUUCCGUUUGGGCGUCUCCGGUCUCCGGUAUCGGAUCUUCUCUGGGUUCUUGGGUGCUCCGUGCUCAUCGAAUAACUUGUCUCAGGAUCCGUCUUCCCCCUUCACUAACCCUAACGCCUCCAUCUCUAUUUCUCGUUCAAGGCUUAGAACUCAAGCAAAUCUCUAUCUUUUUGUACAGUUGCUGUCUUAGGAGGCGAUUUGCUCCCACCAUUUCUGGUUCCCCAGCUUAUUAA